GCCAUCGUCAGCACCAUCAAGACGUAAACAAAACCGAUCAGGAACCAUGGUAUUUAGAUCGGACGAAACACUCCGUAGGCCAAUUGCAGCUUCGCUUUUGAAUUUCACUUCUUGUCAGCAUCUCAGCUUCCCCGCAAACAAAAUAUGUAGAUCCAUCAAGGUACUUGACUUCCUCCUCCUCCUCAUCAUCAUCUGAAACAAUCUCUCGUUUGUUUACUUCCUUUGCCAGUCCGUCACCACACAACAACGCGAGCAAUUCACACAUCUCUCCCUUUCCCUUCCACAUACUAAGAGAUGGCUAUUUUCGCAUCAACUUGCCAGAGACAAACCACUCGAUUUUUGACCAGAAACGCCGUGUCUGGCCGCAUUCCCGCAUUCUCUGCGACUCGUGACGUCACCGCAGCAACCCCAUUCUCUUAUAAGAAGUUGAGGGGAAGCACUUCUACCCGCACCAUCACCACCCAAACACAGCCACCAGCAUCUGUCCCUCAGACUCGUACAGCUAUCCCUCGUUAUCAGGCACUUUGUCCAGUACAGGCCGUCACUCCUAGACACACCUUCGCAACCAUGACCCAAAUCAACACGGAACCCUACCGUUCCAUGCAAACCUCGGGCUCCACCGAGCCCGUCUGGACACACAAACUGCCAUGGUCCCAGAUCCCCGAGUUUCCCUCCCUCGACAAAGACCUCGAAACCGAUAUCGCCAUCAUCGGCGCCGGUAUCGCGGGUAUUUCCACCGCCUACGAGCUCGUCAAGCGCGGCAAGCAAGUCACACUCAUCGAGGCCCGCAACGUGCUUUCAGGCGAAACCGGCCGCACCUCGGGCCACUUGACCAACGAUUUAGACGACGGCUUUCUGGAGAUUGCCAAGAAGCACGGCGAGGACGGCGCCAAGCAGGCGGCUGCUAGCCAUGCGUGGGCCAGAGACAGGAUCGGGGAGAUUGCCGAGGAGUUGGGCAUUGAGUGCGAGUAUCGCCGGUUGCUGGCGUACGAUAUCAGCCAGUUCCCCGUGGGCGAGAAGAAGCAUGAGGAUGAGUUGGAGGAGUUGAAGGAGGAGGCGGAGUAUCAGAGGAAGAUUGGGUUGGAGACGAGGUUUGAUCCCAACCUGACAGUCCGCGGCUGGACCUCCUCCAUCGACCAACGCGGCGGCAUGGUAGCCGACAACCAAGCCACCUUCCACCCCACCAAGUACCUCGUCGGCGUCCUCAACUGGCUCAAGACCCAGCCCAACUUCCAAUGCUACGCCCGCACCCGCGUCAUGGACAUUAAAGAAAAAGGCAUCGAGCUCUUGGGCAUCGGCCACAAGACAGUCGAGAUCAGCACGGAAGGAGGCCACACCAUCAAAGCCGAAAACGCCAUUGAAGCCACCUGCGUCCCUCUGCAAAAGCUCUCAGUCAUCAUCCAGCUCGAGUUCUAUCGCUCCUACUGCAUCGCCGUGCGCGUGCCCAAGGGGUCUAUCGAGGACUGUCUGCUCUACGACAAUGCAGAAGCGUACAAGUACGUGCGCCUAACCGCCUGCGACGAAAAAGACGAUUACCUCGUUGUCGGCGGGUGUGACCACAAGGUCGGGCAGGAGGAGACGACCCCCCGCUUUGACGAGCUGGAGAAGUGGACAAGGGAACGGUUCCCGCAGGCGGGGAGCACCGACUAUAAGUGGUCUGGCCAGAUUUUCGAGCCGGUCGAUUACAUGGGGUAUAUCGGCAAGAACCAGGGGUGUGACAAGAUUUAUAUCGUUACGGGUGACUCGGGCGAUGGGUUGACGCAUGGUGUGUUGGCGGGCAGAUUGUUGGCGGAUGAGAUUGACGGGGUCAGGAGGAAUCCGUGGGCGGAGCUGUACAGUCCCAAGCGCGUGGGGAGCAUGCUCAAGAGUCUGCCGAGUAUGGUUACGCAUGAUUUGCAGAUUAAUACGCAGUAUAAGCGGUUGGUGCAGACGGAUAUUGACGAUAUUGAGGAUUUGCCGAGGGGGUGUGGUGGUGUUUUGAACAAGGGCACCAAGAAGCCACUUGCUGUCUACAAGGAUGAGAAUGGCAACGUCAAGCAGUUUAGCGCUUUCUGCCCCCAUCUCAAGGGUGUCGUGUGCUGGAACCAUGUUGAGAAGAGCUUUGAUUGCCCCGUGCAUGGUUCGCGCUUUUCCAAGGAGGGGAUUUGUGUGAUGGGGCCGUCCAAGGCGGGUCUGGCGCCUGCUGAUGAGGCGGGUGAGAAGGAGCAGGUUGCUGCUGCUGCUGCUUAGUUGUCUUUGUAUGUGUCUAUGAUGGGUA